GUUACAGCAACCCAUUCCAACUGCAUUAUUAAAAAGGAGCAAGAGACUUGUCUGGAGAAAAUACGGAGAGCAGCUGCCCUGAACCCUCUCAAUGACUCUUCUCCAGGUUGCCCGGGAAUGUGGGAUAAUAUUACAUGCUGGAAACCUGCAAGUGUGGGUGAAAUUGUCUUUGUCAAGUGUCCUGCACUAUUCAGAUUUAUCAUCUCUGAAGAUGGUUGGGAAGUAGAUAACUUGGGGCAAACCCAUGCAGGUGAUUAUGACCUGCUGGAAAGCACAGCCCAGUCUCCCCUAGGGGACAUCAGCAGAAAUUGCACUGAAGAUGGCUGGUCUGAACCUUUUCCUCAUUAUUAUGAUGCCUGCGGCUUUGAUGAAAAUGAAACAGAGUCCGACAACCAGGAUUACUAUUAUCUAUCUGUGAAGGCUCUGUACACGGUGGGAUAUAGCACUUCUCUUGUUUCCCUCACCACCGCCAUGGUUAUCCUGUGUCGUUUCAGGAAGCUUCACUGCACUCGAAAUUUUAUCCACAUGAACCUCUUUGUUUCAUUCAUCCUACGUGCAAUAUCUGUAUUCAUUAAAGAUGGGGUUCUUUAUGCUGAACAGGAUGGCAACCACUGUUUUAUCUCAACGGUGGAAUGCAAAGCAGUGAUGGUGUUUUUUCACUACUGUGUCAUGUCCAACUACUUCUGGCUUUUCAUUGAAGGAUUGUACCUUUUCACUUUAUUGGUAGAAACCUUUUUCCCAGAGAGGAGAUAUUUCUACUGGUACACUAUUAUUGGCUGGGGUACCCCAACAAUUUGUGUCACUGUCUGGGCAGUGCUGAGACUUCACUUUGAUGAUACUGGCUGCUGGGACAUGAAUGACAACACUGCCUUGUGGUGGGUUAUCAAGGGCCCUGUGGUUGGAUCAAUCAUGGUAAACUUUGUGCUUUUUAUUGGCAUAAUUGUGAUACUUGUGCAGAAACUCCAGUCACCUGAUAUCGGGGGCAAUGAAUCCAGCAUUUACUUGAGACUGGCUCGCUCUACACUGCUGCUUAUCCCCUUGUUUGGAAUUCACUACACGGUGUUUGCUUUUUCUCCUGAAAAUGUCAGUAAGCGGGAGAGACUAGUGUUUGAAUUGGGACUGGGAUCUUUCCAGGGUUUUGUUGUUGCUGUUCUCUAUUGUUUCUUGAAUGGGGAGGUGCAAUCAGAAAUAAAGAGAAAAUGGAGGAGCUGGAAAGUCAACCGGUAUUUUGCUGUGGAUUUCAAACAUCGUCAUCCUUCUCUAGCGAGCAGCGGAGUGAACGGGGGGACACAACUCUCCAUUCUGAGCAAGAGCAGCUCUCAGAUUCGGAUGUCCAGCAUAAAUGCGGAGAACCUAGCGACAUGA